CAGUUGCAGCCACCAUAAACAGCGACGAUCUGUUACCAGAAAGUAAUAUGGAAUAUACUAAGCGAUUGAUAACUGAUAUCGAGAAAAGUAUAAUAGCAGACGAAAAACUUGGCUCGAAUGAGAUGCCUUCGAAUAAUGAUACUACACGAAUUGGACAAAGGAGGUACAAAAGAAGGUCGCAAAUGUUAAUUUCUGAACACUUCAGUGAGACUACUGUUACUCCGGGAGUUGACGUGAAUUUACACUGUACAGUCAAUGGCCCACAUCCAGCAAGAUUUGUGUGGGAAAGGGACAACAUAGUCAUCUCUUCGAACACAGAUUCCAGGUAUAUAAUAGGACAAACUAUGACACUAGAUGGUGGUGUAACGACGCAGUUAAAUAUAUCACAUAUAAGAGUUGAUGAUGGUGGCCUUUACGCAUGUGUUGCACAUCAAGGUGAAACCAUUAUUGCCCACCAAGAUAGGGUUAAUGUAUACGGACCGCCUUAUAUUCGAACAUUACCACCGUUUAAGGUGCAAAGUGGUCAGAGUGUCACGCUACGUUGCCCAUAUUAUGGUUACCCCAUUAGAGAAAUUAUAUGGGAGCACCAAGGUAAAGAGAUAGCAAAAGAUGCUACGCAUCAGGCGCAUCGCUAUAAAAGAUUUAUCAAUGAUACUGCCCUUAGUGUAGAAAUAUUUGGACGCAAGCCAAAAUUAAGACAAAAACGUGAUGCUACAGUAUCCAGAGAUGGUGUAUUAAAUAUAGCAAAAGUUACAAAAAGUGACAAUGGGGCAGCCUAUGCUUGCAUAGUGAAAAGUCCAUCUGGUGAAAUGGCAAAAAGAUCAUUCGAAUUGCAAGUAGUUGAAGCUCCACAGUUAGAAGAAAUUUUGUUAGCAUCAGAUUUGAGAGAAGGACAAAUCGUACAAAUUCAUUGCAAUCUGAAAAGUGGCGAUUCUCCGGUGUAUUAUUCUUGGUUAAAAGAUGGUAAAAAGAUACCUACACAUUUAAAGAUUGUGGAGCGCAGCUUAGAAGUUUUCAGUGUACUCAUUAUUAAAAACGUGUCACUUGAACACUGUGGAACUUAUACUUGUGUAGCUGCAAAUCACGUGGCGAAAGUAAACAGGACUGUUAAUUUGUAUAUAAAAGUCGCUCCGAAAUGGAGUGAAGAACCACACAAUACGUCCCUACUUCUGGGUAGAAACGGACAUGUAUCCUGUAGUGCUAACGGAUAUCCUCAACCACAGACGCAUUGGUUGAAAAAAGAUGUGAUAUCCGAUACAUGGCGUCCCGUUUUGGAAGUAGCUGGCGGGGGAGUUCUUAGUUUAUCCAACGGUUCACUAAUAUUUGACGCUGUUGCUUUAUCCGAUGCUGGUUUGUACACAUGUCACGUUGAAAACGGCGUCGGUGAUCCUUUAAGCAAGACUAUUUGGAUAUCAGUUAAUAAACCUGUUACAUUUGAUAUGGUAUCUAGAAAUUUAACGGCAAAACUAGGGCAACAUAUUACAAUUGAAUGUCAGGCAAAAGGAGACGAUCCUAUUAGAAUUAUGUGGACAAGAAAUGCAAAGCCAAUCAACCCUCUAAUCCAAAG